AUGGCUCUUUCAAAUGAAAAGUUGCCUCAGAAAUCUUUAAGUCGAUUUAAAUGUGUACGUAAAACAUGGGCCGUGUUAUUUGAAAACCCUUAUUUCUUGAACAUGUAUCAAACAAGUUUCAAAUCUAAUAACUCAUAUUACAAUGAUGCUUGUGUCCUCUUAAAGCAGACUCCAUUAGAUUUUGAAAAGCAUUCUUUGUUGUAUUUGCUUUCUGGUGAGAGGUUUGACAAUAAAGUCAAAUUAGAUUGGCCGUCUUCAUUUCAAGAUGAUGAUCAUGAUUUUAAUGUUAAUAUUUUGGGUUCUGGAAUUAAUGGUAUUCUUUGUAUUUACUCCGAAGGCCUUAUUUCAAAAGUUGUACUAUGGAACCCAGCUAUUGAUGAAUUUAGGGUUAUUCCUAUGAAACCAACUGUGUCUGUACCUUCAUAUAAAACAGAUUUUGAUCGACUUUACGGAUUUGGUUAUGAUUAUGUUAGAGAUGAUUUUAAGGUGAUUCGAUAUGUAAACUUUUUUACAAAUUUACACUAUUUAUUAGAUGACCAGAUUGAUAAGUCGUCAAAUAUAUUUUAUGAUCCUUUGUGGGAGAUAUAUAGCCUCAAAAGUAAUUCUUGGAGAAAACUUGAUUUGGAUAUACCAAGGUCUCCUGAUAGCAUGAUAAAUUCUUUGGAUCAAGUGUAUGUUAGUGGGAUGUGUCACUGGUUUGGAGAAAGUGAAACCACUGAUGAUAAUUUAUAUUUGGUGUCAUUUGAUUUGGGUAAUGAAGUGGUAUUUCUAACAUCCAUACCCAUACUUAUGGAUGAUAGUAACAAUUUUGAAUUGGUGGAUACUCAUUUAAUGGUGUUAAAUGAGUCCAUUGCUUUAAUAUCUAGUGAUGCAGGAACAAAUACUUUUCACAUAUCGAUUCUUGGUGAAAUUGGUGUGAAGGAAUCAUGGAAUAAGCUCUUUAGAGUUGGACCAUUACCUUGUCUUGGGUAUUCUAUUGGAAUGGGGAAGAAUAACGAUAUAUUCUUUGUAAAAGAAGACGAAGAAUUGGCCAUGUGUGAUUUAGGUACCCACACAGUUCAAGAGCUUGGCAUUAAAGGUGUGUUCUAUUGUUGUCAGGUCGUAAUAUAUAAGAAAAGUCUUCUGUCAAUUACAGAAUAA